AUGGUGUGUUUCUGUUUCCUGGUGGACCAGAAAACUGUAGUGGUUUGCCGGCGGCCGGUGGCGGCAACUUGCUCCCGGUGCCGCCACGGUGCCACGGUGGCGGACAUGCAGACACGGACGAGGUUUUGUUACAUACCCUUUUAUUGGAAAUCUUGGAAAGCCAUCACCUGUAGCUUUUGUAAGAGUAUUCUUAAAUCUUACAGGUGUUGUGAAGAAGAUGUGACACUCAGAUGUGUAAACGAGUCGAGCCUAAUAAGUUUUUUGAUACUCGAGUUUCUUUUAUUAGCUCGCUCGUUUUGUUGA